UUUUGAGAAGAGACGAGACCUCUCUCUCACUGUUGUUGAGAAAACGAAAGAGCUUUCUUUUUAUUCAAAAAUCUUCUUCGUAUUGUCUUCUCUACUGUUAUCUUCAAAAUGAAAAUAAAACAUUGACAAAUUUGAUUACACCAUUAUAAAAUGACCCUCCAAAAGAAAACACUUUCGUGGAUCAUUCAAUGGCGGCUGUGAACUUGAAAGCUCCUAGUUUUAUCUAAGAAAGCUUUGCAAUUUAGGGGUUUAACUGAAGAAACGUGUUGCUAAUCUCAAUUUGAUUGUUGCUUCAGUCACAAGUUGUGAAAGCUUGCUUCUUUUGGGACAUGACCAUGUGGCAGUGAGUUUUCAACUCCACUUAUGAAAGUUGUACUCUUUUGCUGUGAUAUUAUUGCACUUGGCUAGAGAAGACUCUUCUUGUCUUUGUUUUGCUAUGAUGAUCAUUCUCCUGCUGGUGCUCUUCUUUGUUGGUUCAUCUCUGAGCCAACCUACGCUGCCUUGUCAUCCCAGCGACUUAUCUGCGCUCCGGGAGUUCGCAGGAGCGUUGAAGAACAGGUCUGUCACUGAAUCUUGGUUCAAAGAUUCGAGUUGCUGUCAAUGGGACGGUGUGUUUUGUCAAGGGAGUGAUGUUCCUGGUCGAGUUACAAACCUGGUUCUGUCUGGAAAAGGUUUGGAAGGUGUGAUGUCCGGUUCUUUAGGCGAGUUGAGUGAGCUGAGAUCACUUGAUCUCUCUCACAACCACCUCAAAGGCGAAUUGCCAGCAGAGAUUUCAAAGUUGCAGCACCUUGAAGUUCUUGACUUGAGCCAUAAUCUGUUAUCAGGGCCAGUCUCUGAAGCACUUUCCGGUUUAAAGCUAGUUAAGUCACUGAACAUCUCCAGCAAUUCGCUAACCGGGAAUCUAACCUUUGUUGGAGUGUUUCCCGGUCUUGUGAUGCUUAACGUAAGCAACAAUCUGUUCCAAGGUGAGAUUUAUCCUGAGCUAUGCAGCUUGUCUAGUGAGAUUCAGGUUCUUGAUUUGUCGAUGAAUCGUUUGGUGGGGAGUGUUGAUGGAUUGUACAGCUGCAGCAAAUCUGUUGAGCUGUCAGUCUCCGGAAACUACUUAUCAGGAGAGUUAAGGGAGAGGUUGAGUAAUCUCACUGCUCUCAAGUCUUUCUUGAUAUCCGAGAACCGGUUCUCUGGUUUAAUCCCAGAUGUGUUUAGUAAUCUCACUCAGCUUGAGCACCUCGACGUAAGCUCCAACAAGUUCUCUGGAGAGUUUCCAUCAAGCUUAUCUCAAUGCUCCAAACUCAAGGUGCUUGAUCUUCGGAACAACUCUUUAUCCGGUUCUAUCGGUCUUAACUUCACUGGUUUGUCUGAUCUUUGCGUUCUUGAUCUCGCUAGUAAUCACUUCUCUGGACAUCUUCCUGAUUCUCUCGGCCGUUGCCCCAAGAUCAAGAUCCUGAGUUUGGCGAAAAACGAGUUCACAGGCAAGAUCCCCGACACGUUCAAGAACCUGAAGUCUCUCCUCUUCCUGUCCUUAUCUAACAACACCUUUGUGGAUCUGUCAGAGGCCAUGAACGUGCUGCAACAUUGCAGAAACCUCUCGACGCUGAUCCUCUCAAAGAACUUCAUGCACGAGGAAGUACCGAGAGACGUCACAGGUUUGAACAACCUCGCGAUUCUAGCUCUCGGAAACUGCGGUCUUAGAGGUCAGAUUCCGAGGUGGCUGCUGAGUUGCAAGAAGCUUCAGGUUCUUGAUCUCUCUUGGAACCGCUUCCACGGAACCAUCCCUCUUUGGAUCGGUCAGAUGGAGAGUCUCUUCUACAUAGACUUCUCUAACAACACUUUAACCGGAGAGAUCCCUCUAGCCUUAACCGAGCUUAAGAGCUUGGUUCAUUUAAACUGUACCGGCUCUCUUAUAAGUAUCCCUUUGUACGUUAAGCGGAACAAGAGCUCGAGAGGUCUUCCCUAUAACCAAGUCUCAAGAUUCCCUCCCUCUAUCUACUUAAACAACAACCGUCUCAACGGUUCGAUCUUGCCUGAGAUGGGACGAUUGAAAGAGCUUCACAUGCUGGACUUGAGCAGGAACAACUUCACCGGGACCAUACCUGACACCAUCUCUGGUCUUGACAACCUGGAGCUUCUUGAUUUGUCUUACAAUCACCUCCGCGGUUCGAUUCCUCCCUCUUUCCAGAGCCUCACUUUCUUGUCGAGGUUCAGCGUUGCGUACAACCGUCUCUCCGGGGCCAUACCUCCGGGUGGUCAGUUCUACAGCUUCCCUCACUCGAGCUUCGAAGGAAACUUGGGACUAUGUCGAGCCAUUGACUCUCCUUGCGAUGUCACGAUGAGUAAUAACAUCUUGACGCAGAAAGGCUCUUCUCGUAGUCAUCAUCACAACGGUGGAAGCAGCGUUGUUGUACUUGCAAUAAGUCUCGCUGUGGGGAUCACUCUGCUUCUCUCUGUUAUCCUACUAAGACUCUCGAGAAAAGAGGGUGAUGAUCGAGUCAACGACGCUGAUGAGGAAGUUCCUAAAGCUCCCUUAUCAUCAAAGAUUGUCCUCUUCCACAGCUGCGGAUGCAAAGAUCUGACUGUAGCGGAUCUGCUGAAGUCUACAAACGGUUUCAGUCAAGCCAACAUCAUAGGAUGCGGCGGGUUUGGUCUAGUCUACAAAGCCAAUCUACCUGACGGCUCAAAAGCAGCGGUCAAGAAGCUUUCCGGCGACUGCGGGCAGAUGGAACGUGAGUUCCAAGCCGAAGUUGAAGCAUUGUCGCGUGCCGAACACGAGAAUCUCGUCUCUCUUCAAGGCUACUGCAAGCACGGGGACGAUAGGCUGCUCAUCUACUCGUUUAUGGAGAACGGAAGCUUGGAUUAUUGGCUGCACGAGCGUGUCGAUGGGAGUACGACUCUCAGAUGGGACGUGAGGUUGAAGAUAGCUCGAGGAGCGGCGCGUGGGCUUGCUUACUUGCAUAAAGACUGUGAACCUAACGUCAUCCACAGGGACGUGAAGUCGUCUAACAUUUUAUUAGACGAGAAGUUCGAAGCUCAUCUUGCGGAUUUUGGGUUAGCGAGGCUGCUUAGGCCGUACGAUACUCACGUGACGACUGAUUUGGUGGGGACGUUGGGGUAUAUUCCUCCGGAGUAUAGCCAGGCUUUGAUAGCCACGUGUAGAGGAGAUGUUUACAGUUUCGGUGUGGUGCUUUUGGAGCUUGUUACGGGUUGUAGACCGGUGGAGGUUUGUAAAGGGAAAGGUUGCAGAGACUUGGUGUCUCGGGUGUUUCGGAUGAAGGAUGAGAAGCGUGAAGCUGAGCUUAUUGAUGCAACGAUGCGUGAGGAUGUGGAGGAGAAGGAGGUUUUGGAGAUGUUGGAGAUUGCGUGCAAAUGCAUUGAUCAUGACCCUAGAAGGAGGCCGUUCAUUGAAGACGUCGUUGCUUGGCUUGAAGAUUUUCCAAAUCAAUAAAGUGUCUUCAAAAUGUUUAAAAGAGUUUUGACACAACAGAAAAAAAAAACGAGGAGGAGGAGAUGUAAGAAAGAAACAACAGUCUUAAACAGAUUAAGCUUUAAAACUAGCAUUUAAUUA